ACUCACUUCCGGAGGUGGUAUUUGCUCCUUCACACUUACAACACACAGAACCACACACUUAUUCACUGCCCUCUGAAUUACGAUGCUGCUUUUAUUGUGAAAGUCUCGCGGACCGGAAGUGUGGCUCAGUGUCUCCAGCUCACUCAGGAUGAUCCGACCUGGAUUCAGCCAUAUUCGCAGCGAGCAGCCACACCGGCAGCAGCCCACCGCACACCGCCACUAAACCGCCUCUAAUCCUCCGGGCCGCGCCCUCGCGCUGCGGUCGGACAUUUUGAUUGAGGCAGACUUCGUCCCGGAGCUCCGGGACAUGUCAACGAGCUGAGACGCCGAGCCGCGGGCAUGGAGCAGCGGCGGCCGACCUGAGAGUCGACGGUCGUGAGCUCCGGGAGUAAAGUCCAGAUUUGCCGGGAUAAAAAAAAGUCGACGAGGAGCGGGCACGGCAGCCUGAACGACUCAAACCCGGAGCGACGCAGCCACGGUUGCCGGCGGAGACACAGCGAUAGUCCGACACCAGCCUCUCAAAAUGUCGGGAAUGUUUUCCUGGAGCUAACGAGCUAAGCUGCUGCUAGCAGGCGGAGCUCGGCAGGAAGCGACUGACACUCGGACCGUGCGGCGGGGGCGUGUGUGCGUGUGUGUGUGUGUGUGUGCGGGGAGGGGGGUGGGGUUGGUGUCGGGCGGAGGUCCCGGGUCAGGAUGUCGGCUCAGGUCCGCCUGAAGCGGCUGGAGGAGCUGCUGCUGGAGCAGAAGGCGGCGGGAUGUUUGAGCGUAGAGGCGCUGCUCGACCUGCUGCUCUGCCUUUACACCGAGUGCAGUACCAGCGGCCCCCUCAAGAGGGAGAAGCACGUCACCGACUUCCUGCAGUGGGUUAAACCGUUCACCACCACAGUGAGGGACAUGCGUCUGCACCGGGACGACUUUGAGAUGUUGAAGGUGAUUGGACGAGGAGCUUUUGGAGAGGUUGCCGUGGUGAAGAUGAAACACACAGAACGAGUUUAUGCCAUGAAGAUUCUCAACAAGUGGGAGAUGUUAAAGAGAGCUGAGACUGCGUGUUUCCGUGAAGAGCGUGACGUCCUGGUCAAAGGAGACAGUCAGUGGAUCACAACUCUUCACUACGCUUUCCAGGACGACAACUACCUGUACCUGGUCAUGGAUUACUACGUUGGUGGGGACCUGCUGACUCUGCUCAGUAAGUUCGAGGAUCGUCUUCCUGAGGACAUGUCAAAGUUCUACCUGGCUGAGAUGGUUCUCGCCAUCCACUCCAUCCACCAGCAAAACUACAUCCACAGAGAUAUUAAGCCUGACAACGUCCUGCUGGACGUCAACGGUCACAUCCGCCUGGCCGACUUUGGAUCCUGUCUCCGCAUGAUGGAGGACGGCACGGUCCAGUCCUCAGUGGCCGUGGGCACACCAGACUACAUCUCCCCAGAGAUUCUCCAGGCCAUGGAGGACGGGAUGGGUCGUUAUGGACCAGAGUGUGACUGGUGGUCUCUGGGAGUCUGCAUGUAUGAGAUGCUGUAUGGAGAAACGCCGUUCUACGCAGAGUCGCUGGUGGAAACCUACGGCAAGAUCAUGAACCAUGAGGAACGUUUCCAGUUUCCCUCCCAUGUGACUGACGUAUCGGAUGAUGCUAAAGACCUGAUCCAGCGCCUGAUCUGCUCACGAGAACGUCGGCUGGGUCUAAAUGGGAUCUCUGAUUUCAAAAGCCAUCCCUUCUUCUGCGGGAUCGACUGGGACAACAUCCGGUCCACUGAGGCCCCCUAUAUCCCAGACGUGUCCUCCCCCACUGACACUUCCAACUUUGAUGUGGAUGACGAUGUUCUCAAGAACCAGGACAUUGGUCCGCCGCCCUCUCACACUGGAUUCACCGGUCAGCAUCUCCCCUUCGUUGGCUUCACCUUCACCACCGACAGCUCCUUCUCUGACCGCCGCUUCACCAGCCAGACACAGGGAGACAGGGGUGGGGCCAGCGGUAACCAGGAGGUGGAAGUGUUUGAAAAGAGGAUCCGCCUCCUUGAGGAGGAGAAACAGGAGCUGAGCCGCAGGCUGCAAGAGUGGACUCAGGUUGUGCAGGCUCGAGGAGGAACUUUGAGUCGAGACAAAGAAAUCAAGAAGCUCAACGAGGAGAUUGAACGUCUCAAGAAGAAGUUGGCAGACUCUGAUAGGCUGGAGCACCAGCUGGAGGAGGCGGUCACCCUUAGACAGGACUAUGAAAGCUCCGCCUCCAAACUGAAGGCAAUGGAGAGACAUGUGAAGACCCUGAGACAGGAGAAGGACGACGUCCAUAAGCAGCAGCUGUCCGAUGCCCUCGAGCGUCUGCACUCUCAGACGAAGGAGCUGAAGGAGGCGCACUCUCAGAGGAAGGUGGCGCUGCAGGAGUUCUCUGAGCUGUCAGAGAGGAUGUCGGAGCUGCGCUCCUCCAAACAGCGGCUGUCCCGUCAGCUGCGGGACAAAGAGGACGAGAUGGACGCCAUCCUGCAGAAGAUGGAAGCCACGAGACAGGACAUCCGCAAGACCGAGAAGAACCGCAAGGAGCUGGAAGCUCAGCUGGACGAUGCCAGGGCGGAGGCGUCGAAGGAGAGGAAGCUGCGGGAGCACAGUGAGUCGUACUCCAAACAGCUGGAGGUGGAGCUACAGGGCUUGAAGGGACGCGGAGCGGCCACUGGGGGAACAGAGUCUCAGCAGGAGCUGUCCCGUCUGAAGGCGGAGCUCGAUAAGAAGGUCUUGUUCUAUGAGGAGGAGCUGCUGCGGAGAGACUCCGCCCUCUCCUCUGAGAUCAAAAAUCUGCGCAAAGACCUGCACGAGUCCGAGGGAGCACAGCUCGCCGCCAGCAAGGAGCUGCUGCAGUUGCAAGACAAGCUGGACAAGGUCAAGAGGGACAGACAGAGUGAGAUGGACGAAGCCGUCGUAGCCCUGAAGGAGAAAUAUGAGAGAGAGAAAAACCUGCUGACACAAGAAAAUCGCAAGAUGACGGCAGAGACUGACAAGUUGUGUUCAUUUGUGGACAAACUGACGGCUCAGAACCGGCAGCUGGAGGACGAGCUGCAAGAUCUGUCGUCCAAGAAGGAGAGCGUGGCUCACUGGGAGGCUCAGAUCGCCGAGAUCAUCCAGUGGGUGAGUGAUGAGAAGGACGCUCGAGGUUAUCUUCAGGCUCUGGCCACGAAGAUGACAGAGGAACUGGAGACGCUGAGGAGCUGCAGCCUGGGAACCAGAGCUCAGGACCCACUGUGGAAGGUGCGGCGCAGUCAGAAGCUGGACAUGUCGGCGCGACUCGAGCUGCAGUCGGCACUGGACGCAGAGAUCCGAGCAAAACAGCUGAUUCAGGAGGAGCUGCGUAAGGUCAAGGCUGCUCACAUCAACCUGGAGAGUAAGCUGAAGGAGGCAGAGGAGAGGAGCAGGGAGGUGGGGGAGCAGAUGGACAGUCUGAAGAAGGAGGUGGAGGAGAACCGCUCCCGAUCUGACAAAGGUCUGAAACUUCCAGAUUUCCAAGACUCCAUUUUUGAGUAUUUCAACACUUCACCUCUGGCUCCAGAUCUAACCUUCAGAACUACAGACAUAGACUCCACCCCUCAGAGGUCAGAGGUCACGUCUCCAUCAUCUUCUGCUGCCUCUGAACACGAGGUCGUUUCAGUGGCGUCUGUCCCAGUAAGCCCCGCCCCCAUCUACCAGAGCUCAUCUCUAACCACACCAAAGCCUAAAGCCCAUGAGCUGAGCAUUAAGACGUUCUCCAGUCCCACACAGUGCACACACUGCAGCUCACUGAUGGUCGGCCUCAUGCGUCAGGGAUUCGCCUGUGAAGUGUGUUCCUUCAUCUGCCACGUUUCCUGUAAAGACCACGCCCCCCUGGUCUGUCCAAUCCCAGCAGAGCAGGCCAAGCGGCCGCAGGGUGUCGACGUACAGAGAGGCAUUGGCACCGCCUACAAGGGUUACGUCAGGAUUCCCAAGCCCAGCGGUGUGAAGAAGGGCUGGCAGCGGGCGUUUGCCGUGGUGUCCGACUGUAAACUCUUUCUCUACGAUGUCCCAGAGGGAAAGUCCACUCAGCCCGGGGUGGUGGCCAGUCUGGUCCUGGAUCUCAGAGACGAGGAGUUCUCCGUCAGCUCUGUCCUGGCAUCAGAUGUGAUCCAUGCCACCAGAAAGGACAUCCCCUGCAUUUUCAGGGUGACUUCCUCGCAGCUGAUCUCGCAGCUCUCCUCUGUGUCCCUGUUGGUCCUGGCGGAGAGCGAGGUGGAGAAGAGGAAGUGGGUGCGGAUCCUGGAGAGUCUGCAGAACAUUGUGACCAAGAACCUCCUGAAGAGCCGGCAGGUCCAUGUCCUGCAUGAGGCCUAUGACGCAUCGUUGCCUGUCAUCAAGACCACACUGUCUGCCGCUAUUCUUGAUCGAGAGCGGAUCGCCUUGGGAACAGAAGACGGACUAUUUGUGGUUGAAGUCACCAGAGACGUGAUCGUGCGAGCAGUUGACAGUAAGAAGGUUUAUCAGAUCGAGUUGAUCCCGAAGGAGAAAAUGAUCGCUUUACUCUGUGGUCGGAACCGUCAAGUUCACCUUCACCACUGGGGGGCGUUGGAGGGAACAGAGUCGACAUUUGACAUCAAACUGACAGAGACCAAAGGUUGCCAGUCUCUGACUGCUGGGGUGCUGCGACCUGGAGGCCCCGCCUGCCUGCUGGCAUCUGUCAAACGGCAGGUCCUGUGUUAUGAGAUCACUCCAGCGAAGCCCCACUAUAAGAAGCUGUGGGAGGUGCAGGCUCCAGGAUUGGUGCAGUGGUUGGGUAUGGUGAAGGAGCGAUUGUGUGUCGGGUACCCAUCGGGCUUUGCACUGCUGACCUUGCAGGGGGAGUCGUCCCCCAUCAGCCUGGUAAACCCUGCCGACCCGUCGCUGGCCUUCCUGUCCCAGCAGCCCCUGGACGCCCUUCAUGCUCUUGAGGUUGGAUCAAGCGAAGUGUUGCUCUGCUUCAGCCAACUUGGUAUUUAUGUGGACGGACAGGGACGCCGUUCACGCACCCAGGAACUGAUGUGGCCGGCCACGCCCCUCGCAUGUGGUUCUAACUCCUCCCACCUGACAGUCUACAGUGAAUAUGGAGUCGACGUGUUUGACAUACACACCACUGAGUGGGUUCAGACCAUCUCUCUCCGAAAGAUCAGACCUCUAAACGUUGAAGGGACCUUAAACCUGCUGAGCUCUGAACCACCACGACUCAUUUAUUUCAGCAACACGUCUUCAGAGGGCGACCUAACCAUCCCAGAGACGUCGGAUCACAGCAGGAAGUUGAUGGUUCGAACCCGCAGCAAGAGGAAGUUUCUGUUCAAGGUUCCUGAGGAGGAGCGACUUCAGCAGAGAAGGGAGAUGCUCAGAGACCCUGAGCUCAGAUCAAAGAUGAUCUCUAACCCGACAAACUUUAACCAUGUCGCACACAUGGGACCAGGUGAUGGGAUGCAGGUGCUCAUGGACCUGCCUCUGGUUGGUGAUGUCACCUCCCUCUCCUCCUCCCCCUCUCCCUCCUCCCGUCACACCCUCAUCUCUCCUCCUUCCAACUUUGAGCACGUCUAUCACAUGACGUUGGUGUCGGCUGGCGCGUUCUUGCAGAAAGAAUCCUCCUCUUCCUCCCAGCUGAGCCUCCUGCAGCCUUCCUCCUCCUCUUCCUCCUCUUCCUCCCUCACACACCAGAGUGUGAUGAUGUCUCAGGACGAUUCAGUUAAAGACAAGCCCCGCCCCCUGUCUAGUAUCUCCCGGCAACAGAGAAGCAAGACACAAAUCACACGUACAGCGUCAGAUUUUGGGGGCGGAGCUUCAUCUCGUGGUGUGUGUGAAUUAGAGGACAGAGACGACAGAGAGCCGGACUCUGACUCAACGAAACACUCGACUCCCUCCAAUAGCUCCGCCCCCCCCAGCCCUAACUCCCCCCACCGCAGUCGGUUAACCCUGGACAGCCUGGACUCUGAGUCGUGAGGCCCCACCCUGAGUCUGGGACCACGCCCCUCCGGUGUCACACUGUAUGAAAUGAUUUUAAAGCUUUUAACUUGCACAUCGUCUUCAUUUUGUAGAAAAAAAAAUCCUUUGAUUUAAUGUUGGUGAUAAUAUUUCCUGACCCCACCCCCUCCUAGCCUGGGGGCGGGGACUCACAGUUGAAUGUUUGUAUGGAAACAGAAACAAUAAAAGAAUCUGAAGUGAAA